GAACCGUAUUACUUGCACAAUUUUGUUCAAUCAACAUUCAACGCCUUUUCUGCUGAAAAAAUUAAAGGUUCUAUACUUGUUGUAUCAGGUGAUGGAAGGUACUACUCAAAGGAUGCUAUCCAGAUAAUAAUUAAAAUGACAGAUGCAAAUGGUGCAAGACGUAUCUGGGUUGGUCAAAAUGGUCUUUUGUCAACACCUGCGGUAUCAGCAGUUGUACGUGAAAGAGUUGGUGCUGAUGGUUUUAAAGAAAAUGGAGCAUUUAUAUUGACAGCCAGUCACAACCCUGGAGGUCCAAAUGAGGAUUUUGGAAUUAAAUACAAUAUGGAAAACGGUGGGCCAACACCUAAAGGAGUUACUGAUAAAAUCUUUGAGAACACUAAAACAAUAAAGGAGUAUUUUAUUGAUGAAGGCUUACCUGAUAUAUCUCUACAAUUGGUGUUUCAUCCUUUUCAAGCCCUGAUGGCAAAUUCGAUGUUGAUGUUUUUGACGCAGCAAGCGGCUAUGUGA